CAGUCGGUAAAGGAAGGAACACGGAAGUGCCAUCACAGCCAUCAGCAAACAACAAGACAACAAGACAAGUCAAAGAGCACACGAGCACGACGCCGAGCUCUCCGAGGCACUUUGACUUAUUUCACUUCACGUUGCAGCAAAAUGCCUGAGUUACAGACGGCAAGCAGGCGGAGGAUUGAGGCGGUGAACACCAGUGCAAGUGAUGGACUGGAGGGCUUCAAGGCGCACGCUGUCUUCCAGGAAAUCGACAAGAAGCUGCAGGAGGAAGGAGAGCAGUUUGUGAAAAAGAUCGGGGGAAUUUUUGCCUUUAAAGUGAAAGAUGGCCCAAACGGACAGGAGGCCACUUGGGUCGUGGAUGUGAAGAACGGCAAAGGCUGUGUUCACAAUGAUGCUGCUAAGAAAGCAGAUUGCACCAUUUCGAUGUCAGAUGCUGAUUUGUUGGCCUUGAUGACAGGGAAGAUGAACCCACAGACGGCGUUUUUCCAGGGCAAGCUGAAGAUCACAGGCAACAUGGGACUGGCCAUGAAGCUUCAAAACCUGCAGCUGCAGCCGGGCAAAGCCAAACUGUAGAUGAGACAUCGAGGUCAGCUGUAGGUAGACCUCGGUGCACUCAAUAGAAGUCACAUUUCUAUACCACAGACUUAGCCACUAAGAGUUUAACAAGACGACUGGUGUCAGAUAAGUAUUAAAGGUCUGCUCGACAACAACCACUCUCAUCACUGGACUGGAUCACUGUCCCUCUGGUAGACUCAAAGACAGCCUCACCAUCCUGGGGAUCCAUCAGCCUUGCCACUGUAACUGUGGAGAAAAGGAUAGAUGGACAGAUAAUCAAUUCACACUAAAGUCCUUGUCUCCCAGCCCCUCUCAUGAUAAUAAGUAGACUAGAGUAGAGAGAGGUGCUCCCUACUUUACAGUACUAAUUCAAUGAUUUGUUUUGUCUGAGGAAAUCUUUGAAACAUCCACAUUGAUUUUUGUCAUGUUUGUUUAACCUUUCUCUGCAAUUUUCCUUCUGUCCAUUGCUAAAGAAAUGUUUCUUCAAAUUAAUCAUGUCUUGUAAUAUUUUAAGAGCAGAUCAACGGCAAGAGUGCAAAUUCUCGCAGUCAAUUUGUGCAAUUACAGAGACAACGAAACAGCCAAGUGCCUUGUCUCAGGUUCGCAAUUUGCUGUAAGGUUUUUAACCGAGGGUAACACAACACCAUGGAUUUGUUUUCGCAGUCCGUCUUUAUUAAUAGAUAGGGUUGGAUCAACGUAAUUUGCUGCCGUGCUAUAACUAUUGUACGAAUCUAAACAGAUUUCUACUGAAUAAAGUUGUUUUUGCUGUAACAUAC